AUGCUUCAAAACCUCACCGUUGCAAACAAGCUGCUUUAUAUGUACACCGAGCAGAGGGUGCUGGUUGAAGCUUAUGCUCUGUUUGGUAGGAUGGAGGAGAAAGAUGCAGUUUCUUGGAGUGUAAUGGUUGGUGGGUUUGUGAAGGCUGGUGAUUUUACCAAUGGUUUUGCAACAUUUAGGGAGCUUAUUCGAGGCGGUGUUUCGCCGGAUAACUAUACAUUGCCUUUUGUGAUUAGGGUUUGUAGGGAUUUGAUGGACCUGCAAAUGGGCAGGUUGGUUCAUGGCAUUGUGUUGAAACAUGGGUUGGUUUCGGAUAAUUUUGUUUGCGCUGCGCUCGUGGACAUGUAUGCAAAAUGUACUGUUAUCGAUGAUGCCCGCCAACUGUUUGAUAAUAUGCAGAGCAGGGAUCUUGUGAGUUGGACAGUGAUGAUUGGUGCAUUUGCUGAGUGCAGGAAUGCUAAUGAGGCUUUGGUUUUGUUUGAUCGGAUGGUUGAUGAAGGUCUUUUACCAGAUAAGGUUGCUAUGGCUACUGUUGUUAAUGCUUGUGCAAAAUUGGGGGCUAUGCAUAAAGCCAGGCUUGUUCAUGAUUAUAUAUGUAGGAAUAAGUUUUCGUUGGAUGUGAUCUUAGGAACGGCGAUGAUUGAUAUGUAUGCUAAGUGCGGAUGUGUUGAUUCUGCUAGGGAAAUUUUUGAUAGGAUGCACGUAAAGAAUGUUAUAACAUGGAGUGCUAUGAUUGCAGCUUAUGGUUAUCAUGGGCAUGGCCGAAAAGCUAUUGAUAUUUUUGAAAUGAUGUUAAGCAGUGGAGUGUCACCAAAUGCAAUAACUUUUAUUUCACUAUUAUAUGCUUGUAGUCAUUCAGGCUUGAUCGAAGAGGGUCUUUGGUUUUUCUCUUCGAUGUGGGAUGAAUAUGCUGUCAGAGCAGAUGUCAAACAUUAUACUUGUAUGGUUGAUCUCUUGGGCCGUGCUGGGAGACUUGAUGAGGCCUUAAAAUUAGUCGAGAGCACGGCAGUUGAGAAAGAUGAGGGGUUAUGGGGAGCUUUUCUUGGCGCAUGUAGAAUCCAUGGGAAUGUAGACCUGGCAAAAAGGUAG